AUGAAUCAGGAUGGGCAACCAUUGCGACUGUUGCUAGAGAUUGCACAGGGAAGGUUGUGGAUGGCUGUUCGAACCUAUUUAGCUAAAGCAGUAGAGGCAGUGGCUGUUCGGAUGGGAACCAAGCUAACUUUUGCAUGCUUCGAAAACCAAGAUCAAGGAAAAAUGAUUGCCGCAAUUGGUGAUGCAUUGUGGCAUAAUGGGACAGUGUGCGAGAAAAUGUUCACUGUGAAAUGCAUGGGACCCCGAAACCCCGUACCACUUCCAUGCACAGGUAAGAGCGUUACUAUAAAGAUCAUUGAUUACUAUCCAGGAUGUCCAUCAACCAUCGAUCUCUCCCAAGAGGCCUUCACUAUUAUUGCCAACCCUGUUGCUGGUAUCAUUAACGUCGACUACAAGCAGUAUGCAGAGCACAUUUCCUUCACAUCUCCAUUGCUUCUUCAGUGA